ACUGAUUCUCUCUGCCUGCCUCUCCUCAGACUGACGAUGGCUGAAGCCGAGCUGUGUGGAUUACAAGACGAGUUCACCUGCUCGGUGUGUCUGGACACCCUGGCUGACCCUGUCGCUAUCCCCUGUGGUCACAGUUUCUGUCUAAAAUGCCUCAUGGACUGCUGGGAUCAGAGCCAAGACUGCAGCUGUCCUCAGUGCAGACACACCUUCACCACCAGGCCUGAGCUGAACAGAAACACUCUGCUGAAUGAAGUUAUCAAGAAAUUAAAGAAGACAACAAUCAGUCCUCCUCUUCCUCCUACUCCUCCUCCUCAGAAUUAUGCUGGCCCUGGAGACGUGGAGUGUGACUUCUGUACUGGUAAGAAGUUCAGAGCGGUGAAGUCCUGUCUCACCUGCCCGGCCUCCUACUGUCAGACUCACCUGAAGCCUCACUAUGAAGGAGACGCCCUGAAGCACCACAAGCUGGUAGAUCCUGAUAGAAAUCUGAAGGAGAAACUCUGUGAGAAACAUCAGAAAAGUCUGGAGAUAUUCUGUAAAACUGAUGAUUCCUGUAUCUGCAUGAUGUGUGUGGUGACUGGACAUAAUGGGCAUAAAAUGGUCGAACUGGAGACAGAAAGAGAAGAAAAGCAGAAACAGUUGGGGGCGACAUUGAGUGACAUCAAGAGGAGACUUCUGAAGAGAGAGAAGACACUGAAGGAGAUGAGGAGGGCGAUGGAGGACAUGAAGAUGUCUGUGGUAAGAGAGGUGGAAGAAAAUGAGAAGAGCUUUUCUGCUCUGACACAGUGCAAUGAAAGGAAGCCCACAGGAAACUGACUGAGAGGAUCAGAGAACAAGAAAAGACAGAAAUGGAGAAGGCUGAAGGAGUCAUGGAGCAACUGAAGAAGGAGAUUGAAGAGCUGAAGAGGAGAGAAGCUAACCUGAAUGAGCUUUCAG